AUGGAUAAAAACAAAUCAAAAUAUACUAUUCCGUCAUUCAUUAUUAAACUGCAUGCUAUUUUGGAGGAUUUAAAUAAUUCAUUAAUUAUUACCUGGGCCCCCCAAGGAGAUGCAUUUAUCGUUUUAAAUCCCGAAUUGUUGGAACAAAAUAUACUGCCUUAACAUUUUAAACAUAAUCACUUUACUUCUUUCUUAAGACAGUUGAAUAUGUAUGAUUUUUAGAAGAUUCGAAAUCAGAAUAAUUAAUAAGUGUUUUGGCAUCAAAAUUUUUUAAAAGGAAAAGAACAUCUCUUAGUUUUGUUAAAAAGAAGCUAGAACAAAAUGUAGUAAAAACAAAAGUUAAAUCAUCAAUGUUUUUAAAGAUUCUUAAUAGAUGAGAUUACUUCAAUAAAAUAAAAUUUGAAUUAAGAUGAAUAAUAAUUCACGCACAUAAUCAAUUAACACGAGGUCAUACUAUAACAACACAAAUAAAUAUAUUUAGAUCUACAAUAACAAAGGGAAUAAAUGGAAAAUAAAUAUGAAAAAUUAACUGGAUAAGUUUAAGCAAUAAUAAGUUUGUAAAAAGUAGAUUCGACUAGUUAAUACUUAGAAGGCUGUUCUUAGGAGGAAGAACAAUCAGAAUUUUUCUAUUCCUAAAAUCUCUGA